UUCCCCCAUCUCUCUCUCUCUCUCUCUCUCUCUCUCUCUCUCUCUUCCUCCCUCCUUCCCUCCCUCCUUCUCUCUUUUGAUCCUUUGCCCGUAUCUAACUUCACACCAAAGUUUUGCUUUUGGGGUUGCCACGCAGCAGCCCGUGGGAACAGCGAGGAAGCUGGGAAGUGGGGAGUCCAAGCUCGAGAAGCCGCCUUGGGAACGCCUCGGGGCAUUCCAGUAUUUGAGGGGCUGGCACAAAGAGGGGCUGCGGAGAGGGGGGGUGGAGUUCGACUUAUUUCCCAAAGCCCCAGAAGGCGAGAAGGAAAUCAAUCGAGGAGAGAAACAACCUGGAAUUAAAAGAGAAUUUUUCUGACGGCGAGGGCAAUUAAUCAGCGGAAUGGCUUUGCCUCCAGAAGUUGUGGGUGCUCCCAUCACUGGAGGUUUUUAAGAAGAGACUGGACAGUCCCUUGUCUGAAAUGUUCCCCUGCCCGGCGCUGGGAUGGCUGUGCCAGAAACGGAAGGGAGCUGCGGCAUCCCCUUAUGGUAAGCAGGACGGCUGGUGUUGCAGACCAUGGACUCACUGAGAUUUGCAGAGGUGUGAAAAUGUCGAGCGGCAACCGGUCCCUGGUGGUGGACUUUAUAUCCUACAAGCUGGCGCAGAGGGGCCACAGCUGGCGCGAGAUCGAGGGCGACGGCGAGAACCGGACGGAGCUGUCCGGCGAGAUGGGCGGCGGCGUCCUGAACGGCGGGAGCCCCUCUUGGCACCCCAGUCCCAGCCCGGUGGUCAACGGGGCGGCGGGCCAUCCGACUCUCCUGGAAGCCCUGGACAACGGCCCCCAGUCGGAUGUGAGGCAGACGCUGCGGGAAGCCGGGGACGAGUUCGAACUGCGCUACCGGCGGGCUUUUAGCGACCUGACUUCCCAGCUCCACAUCACGCCCGGCACGGCUUACCAGAGCUUCGAGCAGGUGGUGAAUGAACUUUUCCGGGACGGGGUGAACUGGGGGCGGAUUGUGGCCUUUUUCUCCUUCGGAGGGGCUCUGUGCGUGGAGAGCGUCGACAAGGAAAUGCAAGGCUUGGUGGAGCGGAUCGCCACCUGGAUGGCGACAUACCUGACCGAACACCUGGACCCCUGGAUCCAAGAUAACGGAGGCUGGGAGCGUUUUGUGGAUCUCUACGGGAACGACGCGGCUGCCAAGAGCCGGAAGGGCCAGGAACGCUUCAACAAGUGGCUGUGGACGGGGGCGACCGUGGCCGGCGUGGUUCUCCUGGGCUCCCUGCUGAGCCGCAAAUAGCUAGAGACUGACCGACUGACCAACCGCCCAUCUCGGCCGCCCGGCCCUGCUCCAGCGCUCUGCCCUCGGCCUCCUCAUAAUCAUUCCAAGGGGGUGGGAAGGAGGGGGGGGGCUCUGCCUCGGAAGCUCCCACUCCGACCCCAGGCGACCCACCCACCUCCCCUCCCUCCAAGCAACUCUCAGACCUCUUCCUGGUGCCUCCUUCCCCUUCCCCCCCCCCCAAAAAAAAGACCCACAGUCUCUGGCUGUCCGUAAGCAGACCUCUGGCUGGGGGCUCCGAUCACACACACACACAAUCCACAAGGCCUCCCCCCUCCCCUUUCAAGGAGUCACUUCUGCAAACUGCAAAUUAAUGUCGUUAAAGCCUCUCUUUGCCUUGUUCCUCAGCAGACCCAGCCCCGGGAGAGGUGGGUGGGGGGAAGUGUUUGCUUUGGGGAGGGGAGGGGCUGCCCCACCCACCCCACCCACAAGGAUCUGACGAGUGAGCUAAUGCCUGGCUUCUUCUCCAUCCGCCGUUAAGUGAAUCUCGGACUUUCCUGACGGCUCUCUUUUCCCGGGCAUCGCCUAGAUCCAGAACGCCCUGACGACUACACAGCCUAUGCUCCUGGGCAGGGGAGAGGGACUCCUUCCGGGUGGGUGGGUGGGGGGUGUAUGUGUGUUUGUGUGUGUGCGCAGAGCUUUUGCCAGGCGGAGAGGAAGAGGGACAAGGCCUCACAAAGGACGGGCUCCCAAUGUUGUGCGUGUAGCUGUCCUAAGAGCUGGUCAAUUUCGGGGCAGGGCCAAAGCUGCCCCUCCCAGCUCUGCGUGGCCCAGGGGGCUUGCAAAGGAAGCCCCCUGCCCGUUGAAGGCCAGGGUGGCUGGUGAGGAAGGGUUGCCAGCUUUCACUUGUCUUGCAAAACCUGACAGGUCUGCUCAGCCUCCUUGGCUCGGGCCCCCUACUCAGUGAAGGGUCCCGCUGGGUGCCCCAGAACGGCCCUGGGUCAGACCCCUUAAAGCAGACAAACCCCUUCCCCCCAAAAAAGCCUCUAGAGUCUCCAGCGCUUGGGAGAGCCUCGUUGGCGGUCGUCCCCCUCCCCAUCUGGCUGCGGCACUGGGGGGAGGGAGACCAGGCGCAGGACGUGGGGUGGGUUGGAAGUGGGGGGGGCCACGCUACCUUCUCCACAGCAGCUUCGAGAAGGUGUUUACCACCAGCUGCUAAUUGCGAGCCGGGCCCUCCGGGGACCCUCCUUGGCGUUUGCCCAAAGAUAUUCCAGGAAGAGAGCGGGCAUCGGCGGGCAGGCCCUUCGGUGGUGGGGAGGGGCGAGGAGAAGGGGAGGGGUUGCCCUGUAUGC